AUGGGGGACGCGCUGAGGUUGCGCACCGCGCGGUUGCUGACCGACUACCUGGAGUACUGCGCCCGCAGGCCCGGCACCGUCGCACAGCCGCCGUCCACCCGCGAGGCCGCCCUGCUGCGCUCCGUGGCCGCCCAGGUCCGGCAGCGUCACCUGCUCCUCUGGUCCCGCUACCGCGGAUAUCGGGGGAACCGCGUCGAGCUGGUGGCGCGCGCGGCGCAGGAGAUACUUCCAGACCGCGGAGUCCCCACCUGGGGACUCGUGGUGGUGCUCGUGACUUUCACGGGGAUCCUGCUGGAGCGACCGCCGUCAGGCCACACGUGGGAACUGAAGGAAUGGGAUGACAGCGUUGACCGGGACUGCCAGAGCUUGGUGACUUUGCUGUGCGAUUGGCUCACGGGGCCGCACCGCUCCUGGCUGGAGGUGGAGGACGGCUGGGAUGGCUUUUGUGAUGCCUUCACACCAGCAGUUGUAUCUUGGAGCAGAAUGCUGGUUCAGGUUCUUCUGUCAUGCUUGAUGGCAACAAUCUUAACCUAUUUGUGGACAAAAUUAUUGUGA